AUGGAAGGAAACAACAAGUGUCAGACAAACAGCCUUUGUGGAAGUCAAGUAAACCAAACAUCCGGGAGCUUGAACAAUACUGUGUCUAACACAUCUUCUACUCAUAUUUAUGAUUUGUCGCAGAUACAUAUUUCUGUGUUUAUAUUUUUGGCAUUCGUCGGGCUGCUGAUUGUCCUCGCUAACUCCACGGUAAUCGUCCUCUAUGAAAGAAAGACGUUUUUGAAAACCAAAACAAACCUUUGUCUGGUCUGUUUGGCUGUUUCAGACAUGCUCGCUGGCUCAGUUGCCGUUCCCAUGGUGAUAUCGUGCAAUAUGAUGGUUGAGUCGGUAACAAAGAUGAAGAUAUGUACCGCUAUGGACUUAUCGUCCAGGUUUAUAUCCAUCUCUACCGUAUUGCAUCUGCUUUUGGUGACUAUCGAGAGAUAUUGUAUGAUAAUUCACGCCAUUCAUUAUCCGUACAUUAUCACAAAGUUUCGGCUGGUCACUGUUCUUGUAUUCCUUUGGUUUUUCUCGCUGGGAGCCUCGCUCAUUCAAAUUUCAUGGAUUCCUUUGGAUUUCAGCCCAAGCAAUGAUUUUGUUAAAAAAUUAGACACUAAAUAUUCUUUAUCUGUGUUUUUUGGAAUAGUUGUGCCAAGUUUGCUGAUAAUGGGUGUGGCUCUAACCUGCAUUUUCUUAGUUUUGCGGCGUCAACUGAUUUCUAUUAAGGCAGUGAACAGUUACAAAACUAGAGCUUACCGUAGAAAAGCGAUCCCUCUGGAGGGCAAAGCAGUCAUUAUAUUUGGGAUAAUGAUUUUAACUUUCAUAAUUUGUUGGUUUCCGUAUUUUCUUCACGGCUUGAUGCAAGAUUUGAAACUUGACGUUCUUCCUCUGCCUCACUGGGUACAAGUUUUACUUAUGUUUUUUCGAUUUGGUUCAUCAGUGGUGAAUCCGAUUAUUUAUACUUUCUUUAAAGAAGAUUUCAAAAGAGCUUUAAAGAGGUCUACAGGCUUUGCUAGCUCACGCCGCCGAAGUAAUUUGACAACAUUUGAUUUUACACCAGUUUGAUGUCCUAAGGAACUUUGUGUUGAAUCAUUGCGUAUACAUUCAGUUGAGGAUGUUCAUGAAUCUUGAAAGUACGCUACAACUUAGACUUGGUCAGAGAUAUAAAAAAAUUGAGACCCAUAGAUAAUCAGGGAUGAAAGGCAAUAUAAUCACUGAAACAUUAAACAUAACUAAUGACGAGCACAAGUAGUUCU